AUGAAACGCAAGCGCGAGAACGAGCCCAACAAGCAGCCAGUCAAGAAGGCUAAGAGCAAGGGCAAAGGGAAGAAGGUCAAGGCCGACACGCCACCGCCCGUCACCCUCAACCACGACGUCCUCUUUGAGAUUCUCCCCCUCCUUUCGAAUGACACCCUUCUCUCCGUUAGGGCUGUAUCCCGUGAAUUCCGCCAGCGUGCAGACGACUUGCUUGCUCGCCACAUUGUCAUCCGCCGAGUUCACCGCGUGGGAAGGAGUGUCGGCGAGGAGGUCGCUCAAACCAAAACCAUCGCGAUCACCACCCCAACCACAUGCCUGCCCACUUUCCAGAAAAGGUCCUACCCUGUCUCAAAGGCGCGUCUAUCUAUCCCCAAGGCCGACACCUCUGCCAAGCCUCGCGGGUAUCCGCUCAAGAACAUCAAGCGUAAAGGUAUAUUCACACACAACGUAGGCAAGAACAAGCCUGGAUGGUCCGCACCUUUCUGUUCGACUAAAGAGCAAUUCACCAAGCUUGAGAACAUGCGCCUUCGCCUUCAAAAGCUUGAAGAGAAGAUCUGGAUCUCGGCACGGAAGGAUCGUGAAGACACCUACGACGCUCACCUCAAAGACUAUGCCGACAACGAAGAGCACAUCCGCCGCACCCUUGCCAAGGUCCGCACCGUUGAUCUCGUGGGCAGGACCAUUGACGAGUCUGGAAUCGCCCCUUUUCUCACAAAUCUCCACUAUGUGCGCCUCGUAUUUGACCCGAAGGAUUACGGCUACAAUGUCUCUCGUGAUGAGUGGCGCGGCAAUAACCCUCAUGUUCCACUAGCGGCGCCCACCUACGUGUUUACCAACGACCACAUUCAUCUCUCUCCGCCAGUAGAGACACAUCGAGCCAUUGUCCAAGUCCUCUACAACGGAGGGUUCGUCAAUUUUAAAACGAUGUCCCACAUGAAAACCAUCACUAAGCUCGUCUUUGUCUUUGUUGAGAGCACGACUGCUGUGUCUUCCAUAUUCUACGGUAAUAAGGCCGCCGCAAUCCGGCAGCUGGCUCAUUACCUGGCCAAGCGAUUCGGCCCUCCCAACGUCUACGAGGAGGCCGACUGGAUGCUCAGUUCCCUUCCCACCGACCGCGAUGCUACUUCCUCCACCCUCUCCGUGACGGACCCCGAUUCGAUCAAGACACUUCUCAUUGCCAACACGAUGACGGCUCCUGCCAUGAGAAGCACUUCAACAACGUCUCAAGAGCGUAAGAAUGCAACCAAAUGUAUCAACAACAUUCGUUUCCAGACGAUGGACGAGUGGCGCAGUCGUGUCGGUGAGGAGGAAUAUCACCUCGCCACUGAGCCCAUCAAGGCUUGA